AUGAAUCAAAGUUCUGGGAACCAGCGUUUCGCUUAUCAGCAACCAGUUCGCCAAGUCCCUCCAGGUCAAUCGCAGCCCGUGUAUUUCCAGGCCCAGGCCCCUCCUGGACAGUAUGCUCAACAACCAGUUGGACAGGUUGUACAACAGGUCCAACUGGUUCAGCCUGCAGCAGCAGCUCAGGAACCGACGUUGCCAAAGACUACCGAUUAUUGGAACAGUGCCUUGAUUGCAGAAAGAGUGGUUGAGUUUGUGAGUUGUUGUUCCUUUUUUCCACAAAUUGAUGCCAGAAUAAGCUGCCACCUUUUUAUAUGAAAGAUUGUUUAUUGAGCUAGGCUGAUACAGCUUUUUCAGAUUUUUGAAGAAAAUGAAAGCUUGGUGCUCUGAAGCAUAACGAUACAGUUUUGGGAACAAUCUUUAAAUUGACCACUACAGCCUAAAAAGCCACCUGGCACUGAAAAACCCACGCUGUAAUUCACUCUUAUAACAUUUCUUAUACAGUUUAUUUCUUGUUUGUAGCUUUUCCUGUCAGCUGCUUGGAUAUCGAUUGUUAGAUAUUCCAGCCUGAGUGGAAGCGAUUCUUGGAAUACGAUUGGAUAUUCGGCAUAUUUCAAAUAUUCCGGAGAUAGUCCCGUAUAUGAAGUCGGGAGAGUGAAUUUUUUUAAGGGAAUCACAGUGUUCUGCUGGAUCGUGUCCAUUGUAUUUCAAGUUGGGUUUGUUUUUGGCUUUAACUAUAUCAAGCGUUUCUUGUCACGACCGUCACACUUGACAAUUGUGGUAAGUUUAUCGUUGGUGAAAAUACAUUUUACAUUUGAGACCAGUUAAUAGAAUCCCAUGGCUGUGGAAGAUUGUCGCGAUAAUCGACAGCUCAAGUGUAUAGAUACUCCUCUAGAAUAAAAUGUCAUCUUACUAGUGGUUCAUCACAUUUUCCUCAAGUAUUUAUAUGCAAAACCACGAAUAGGAAUGCAAGGUGAAGUAGAAAUCCCUUUUUCCAGCCUAGGUUUUGCCCAAAUCAAAUUUCGCAGCCUAAUUUUUAUCGAAAUCUUUCUCCAAUUGCCUUUUUUGCGCUUGUUUUCCUGGGCCUCAAGUCAAAUUUAUUUCCUUUAAAAAAACAAAGCAAAUCCUCGCUCGUCAUUCAUCACUUCAAGCCUCUUUGCACGUGGGCAUGAACUUAGGGAACCAUAUCACUAAAAGAAGCCACAUCACAGUUUGUGUGCAUCUCGAAAGACUUAUCUCAUAUCUUUGUGUGUUCGUCAAUAAUUAUCAUUUGCAAUUCAUUUUAAUUUUCUCCACUCUUGAAAAAUCUUUUUGCCUACCCUGACGAGCUAUCAUUCAACAGUUUGAAAAUAAAUGCUCUAAAGACUUCCCCCCUCCCCUCUCUCUCCUCCCCUCCCCCCCAAAAAGAUAUAUUCUUAAAUAUGACUGUAAUUAUAGGAUGAUAAUAGUAAUGAUAAUGAAAAUGAUAACGAUAAUGACAAUGAUAGUGAUAACGACGAUGACGACAACAAUGAUGAUGACGAUGUCGAUGAAAAUAACGAUGAAGAUAACGAUGACGAUAAUGAAAAUGAUAAAAAUAACAAAGUUUUAUCGUUUGUCCGGCGAUAUAGUCACUUCUGAACCUAUCAGAUUCAGCUUUUCUUUUUUUCUCCACAGUGCGUCAUUGUGCAUAUCAUCCUGACCAUCUUACUGGUGGCUUGUACACUGAGCCUCGUGUUUUAUGCGCAUGAGAUGUCCAAGGCUUACGACUCACUACCCUUGGCUAUAAGGAUUAACCUUGAUGAACUCUACUUGGCACUGGUAAUCUACAACGGCAGUCUCUCCUUUAGGCCUUAAUAUGUGUCACACAGAAAAAAAGUUUACGAUUAUACUAUGGGACCUUUUAUCAUUAUAAGGAAAAUAAACGUAUGAAGAGAGAUCAGAGCCGAGCAAAUUAUUCGUAUAGGUGGUUCGCCGAGUAGAAUCCGUUUUUAUUGUUUGAAGCCAAAUUAUCUACAUACAAAACAUAAUCAGCCGGCCUAUAAGGGGACGGAGGGUUUUCCUUCGAGGAGUGGUACUCAAAAAUUAUUUUUACUCACAAAACCUCAACGUAUAAUAACGAUUUUCUUCCUUUUCCGACAGAUUUUUGGUUUCCUGGUCUGCUUUUCUUUCUUCGAAAGCGUUCGAUUGUUCUACAAAAUGAUCGUUACGCAAAGAGGAGAGGAAGAAACUGACAACACUGCACAGACGGCUCAGGGGCCUGGUAUUCAGUCUUCUGCUAUAUAACCCAAAGCUGAUAUUUUAGCAAGGAAAGAAAACUUUUAACUAGAUUACGAGAUAUGCUAGCGUACUGAAUGUAGUCAACCCUUUAACUCCCAAGAUCUGAUUGUUAAUUCUCUCCUCUAGCUGAAACACAUUUCCUUGAAAAUUAGUUAUGAGAAUUUGGUGUUAGAUCAAAUAACAACUUCCACCUGAUACAUAUGAAUAUUUUCAUUACCUGUUUGCUGGAUAAUGUAGGGAUAUUAUAGGGAGAAGUUUUAUGUUGAUCACUUCUGGGAGUAAAAGGGUUAACGUUAAGUUAGAGAUGCCUGAAUACGGUUUGGUAAAAUUGAUGAUAUAUGUUACCCAUUUUAGCUAUCUUUUUUUGCGAUGUUAGGUUUCGUGUUUUAGUGCUUUACACCAUGGGAUCACGUUUGUUUGUACUUUUUUCAGUCGGAUUGUUCAUAGUUAUGUAAUAAAAGGCAAUCAGUCGAAAAAAAACCGACAAACUUCACUGUAAUGGGUUUUUGUUAGGCCUUUUUUUUACUUGGCUGGGCCUAAACAAUAUCCUCUUAUGCUCUUUUUUAACUUACUGACUUAGAGAUGUAGUUAGUCACUUUAUGUGAACGCAAAAAAAUAAAGUUUGUUCAUGG